UGUCCAGCCCUUACGUUGGUACGACAGUGACAGGCAUGAACACGCAUGCCACAUCGUGUGGUGGCCAUGGGAAUGAACAGAUCUUCUACAUCGAUGUUCCAUCCGGCUUCACAUUGACAAUCGGCAUGUCCAGCAACGCUUACGACAGUCGCCAUGAGACACGUUGGGGUGGUGCAUGCCCAGGUGCCAACCUUGUGAUGUGCACGGACGAUCCCGAUACCAUGCAGCACGUUUGGAAUAACAACCAAGGAGCAGUGCAGCGAGCAUACUUCAUCAUCGAUGCAUAUUGGAGCGGCGCUGGAAGCUUCACGUUGGUCUGGAGCAUCGAUUCCGCUGCGCAGCCAUAG